GAUCUGGCUCCUACUCCCGAUACCAACAGUGUCGGAGGGGGCGGUGCGAGGAAGGAUGAAGCCUCCGUCAAGGUCCCGUCCAAGGAUCCUAAGAAGAAGGACGACAAAAAGGAAGACGACCUGUCUGAAGAGGACUUGGAAUUAAAGCAAAACCUUGAGCUCUAUGUCGAGAGGGUUCAGGAUCCCAAUCCGGACUUGCAGAGGGCUGCUCUUAAAAGCAUGAGGCAGGAGAUCCGAGCUUCAACAAGCUCUAUGACUUCAGUUCCCAAACCACUAAAGUUUCUCCGUCCCCAUUAUGGAACUCUUAAAGCCUUUCAUCAAACUAUGCCUGCUUCUGAUCUCAAGAAAUGCUUGUCCGAUAUCCUCUCUGUCUUGGCCCUUACCAUGUCUGCCGAGGGUCAAAGGGAGAGCUUAAGUUAUAGGUUGAUUGGAACAGAGGGUGACAUUGGAUCCUGGGGUCACGAAUAUGUUAGGAAUUUAGCUGGAGAGAUUGCGUAAGAGUAUACAAAGCGCCAGACUGAGGAGGCCCCUAUUGAUGAUUUAAUGGAGCUUGUCCAGCAAAUUGUUGCUUUUCACAUGAAGCAUAAUGCAGAAACUGAAGCUGUUGACCUUCUAAUGGAUGUUGAGGAUCUGGAUCUCUUACUCGAGCAUGUAGACAAAACAAAUUUCAAGAGGACAUGCAAUUAUCUCACAAGUGCAGCAAAGUACCUUCCUGGACCAGAUGACAUGUUGGUUCUAGAUAUUUCCUACAUGAUCUACAUGAAGUUUGAAGAAUACCCGAACGCUCUGCAGAUUGCAUUAUUUCUUGAUAACACGCAGUAUGUUAAACAAGUAUUUACAUCAUGUGCUGAUCUGCUGAGGAAGAAGCAGUUCUGCUACAUGAUUGCUCGACAUGGUAUAACCUUUGAACUUGACGAUGAGAUGGUUGCAGAUGAAGAUGACCGAGAAGCCCUACAGGAUAUUGUUAACAACACUAAGUUAAGUGAAGGAUAUCUGACUCUUGCAAGAGAUAUUGAGGUUAUGGAGGCCAAAACGCCUGAAGACAUCUACAAGGCUCACUUACUUGACGGCAGGGCCAGCUCUGGUGCAAGCGUGGAUUCAGCUAGACAGAAUUUAGCUGCUACCUUUGUCAAAGCAUUUGUAAAUGCUGGUUUUGGGCAGGACAAACUAAUGACGGUACCUUCAGACUCAACAACCAGAUCUUCUGGAAAUUGGCUCUUCAAAAAUAAAGAACAUGGCAAGAUUAGCGCAGCUGCUAGCCUGGGUAUGAUUCAACUGUGGGAUGUGGAAGGCGGACUUGCCCAACUUGACAAAUACUUUCAUAGUAAUGAUAAUCCUAUCCUUUCUGGAGCACUUCUGGGAGUUAGGAUUGUAAACUGUGGCAUUAAAAGCGAUUGUGACCCUGCAUUGGCACUUCUUGGAGACUAUGUAGACAAAGAGGAUUCGUCUGUCAGAAUUGGUGCUAUCAUGGGUCUUGGAAUUGCAUACGCAGGUUCCCAAAAUGACCAGAUAAGAAGCAAGUUGUCGCUGAUACUGAAUGAUGCGAAAGCACCUCUAGAUGUGAUUGCAUUUGCUUCACUUUCUUUGGGGAUGAUCUAUGUUGGUUCCUGUAAUGAAGAAGUAGCACAGUCUAUUAUAUUUGCUUUGAUGGAUCGAAGUGAGGCAGAACUGGGGGAUGCCCUCACGCGUUUCCUGCCCCUUGGUCUUGGACUUCUAUACCUGGGCAAACAGGAAAGUGUAGAGGCUACGGCUGAAGUUUCAAAGACAUUCAAUGAGAAGAUUAAAAAGUACUGUGAUAUGACACUUCUUUCCUGUGCUUAUGCUGGGACUGGCAAUGUCCUAAAGGUCCAAGACCUUCUAGCUCAGUGUGGAGAGCAUCUUGAGAAAGGUGACAUCCACCAGGGUCCAGCUGUGCUUGGUUUAGCCAUGGUUGCUAUGUCCGAAGAAUUGGGCAUUGAUAUGGAGAUUCGGUCUUUGGAGCGAAUGCUGCAAUACGGAGAACAAAACAUUCGGCGUGCUGUGCCUUUGGCCCUUGGCCUCUUGUGUAUAUCAAAUCCAAAGGUGACUGUAAUGGACACAUUGAGCCGGCCUAGCCAUGACACAGAUUCGGAAGUUGCCAUGGCAGCAAUUAUAUCAUUGGGACUGAUUGGCGCUGGAACUAAUAACGCAAGGCUAGCCGGGAUGCUUUGAAACCUAUCCAGCUAUUAUUACAAGGACGCCAGUCUUCUCUUUUGUGUGCGUAUUGCUCAAGGGCUGGUGCACAUGGGAAAAGGUCUCUUAACACUCACCCCCUUCCACUCUGAACGAUUCUUGCUAUCACCAACCGCACUUGCUGGUAUAGUGACACUCUUGCAUGCAUGUCUGAACAUGAAGCCAAUCAUACUCGGGAAAUACCAUUAUGUCCUCUACUUCCUCGUUUUGGCGAUGCAACCGAGGAUGAUGUUGACAGUGGACAAAGAUCUGAAGCCACUGUCAGUGCCAGUGAGGGUAGGACAAGCAGUUGAUGUGGUUGGACAAGCGGGUCGGCCAAAGACCAUAACCGGAUUCCAGACACACUCGACACCUGUUCUCUUGGCUGCUGGUGAGAGAGCCGAGCUAGCAACGGACAAGUACAUUCCUCUGUCGCCGAUACUAGAAGGAUUCAUCAUUUUAGAGGAGAACGCAGACUACAGAGAAGAGUGAAAAACUCGCAAGACAAUAAAGAGAGCUAGCUGCAUUCUCACUAGUUUUUCAUGUCGUCUAUAUUCCUUUUUAUUUUUGUUUCUUAUAAAAAAAAUGUUAUAUCUCGGUUUGAUCUAAUUUCAAUAUCUUUGUAUAACACGAUAUCUUCCUAGUCUGUUUUCUGUUGUAGUUGCAAGUCCGCAGAUGCCUGAAUCAAAUCAACUAGAUGACCUUUGUGAAAAA